AUGGUUCAGGUAUUGGCUACCGUGGUCGGAAGACACAGCUCAACUAGUGAUACGGCAGAUUUUAUGCCCCUGACGGUUGAUUUUCAACAGAGCGCAUCGGCAGUUGGUCGUAUUCCUACGAAUUAUUUGCGAAGAGAGUUGCAACGAAAUGAUGCUGACAUUCUGGCAUCCAGAAUGAUUGAUCGUUCAAUCAGGCCGUUGUUUCCGAAAGAUUACUCUGGUGAAACUCAGAUAAUAUGUAAACCUCUUGCGGUAGACGAUGAUGGGGAUCCGGUAAUGCUAGGGCUGAAUGCAGCCUCGGCAGCGCUGACUCUAUCGGAUAUACCAUGGGAAGGGCCACUUGGAGCUGUCAGAAUAGCUCUUAUUAAUAAUGAGAUUGUUGUCAACCCAAGUCGGAAAAACAUGAAAAUUUCUUCACUGGAUUUGGUUAUUGCUGCUUGCGACGAUGGAAACCGAAUACUGAUGAUCGAUAUGGAUGGUUGUGAAACUGGAAUAGAAAAAUUUGCCGCGUGUAUCGAAACUGGUCUCCAAGCUAUUUCUUACUUAAUUCAAGCCAUUAAUAAAGUGAGGGAUUCGUGUGGUCGUCAAAAACGACAGAAUAUUUGUGGAGAAAUUGAUAUUGAUAUGAUAGCGUUAAUGGAAGAAAUGCAAAUAUUGUAUGGUGAUCAAUUAUAUCAUAUUUUAACGGAUAUCGAGCAUGACAAGCUUUCACGAGAUCGGGCUGUUUCUGCACUUGGUAAUCAUAUGCUUGAAAGUCUUAAAGAAAGGAGUACUCCGCAUAAACUUCGUCAUACUUUUACGAAUCUCCUUAAAAAAUCACUGAGAGAGGCAUUGUUCAAAAGUGAAAGGCGAUGUGAUGGACGAAAAUUUGAUGAACUUCGUCCAGUGGAUAUUAAAAUGGAUGUUCAUAAAAAGCUGCACGGAUCGGCACUUUUCCAGCGCGGUCAGACCCAGGUGUUUAGUACAGUGACGUUUGAUGCUCCAUCGGCUGCGUUUCAGCCAGAUGCGCUGUCGCAACUACUUGAAGACUUCCCCUACUGCUUGAGACUUGCCUGUGAUGUCCUAGAAUCAAAUGGUUCAUCUUCAAUGGCAUCGGUUUGUGCCGGUUGUUUGGCGCUUCUUGAUGCAGGAGUACAAAUGAAGACACCUGCUGCUGGUGUAGCUAUGGGUUUGAUUAUUGAUAAAGAACGAAAUGAUUAUCGUAUCCUGACAGAUAUUAAUGGUUUGGAAGAUUUUGCUGGAGAUAUGGACUUUAAGAUAGCAGGAACAGUACGAGGUUAUACAGCGAUGCAGCUGGAUUUGAAAGUGCCAGGCAUAAAGCCAGAAGUGAUGAUGGAAUCUCUGGAACAAGCAAGGAAUGGACUGGAACAUCUUUUGCAACUAAUGAGGAAGGCGCAACCUUUCUGUCGGAAUCAUUUUAAAAGUACGGUCCCGGUACAUGAAACGAUACCUGUUGAAAUCUACAAACGCCACAUCAUAUUUCGUAGUGGAGGCUAUAAUGCUAAAUUGAUCGAGUCAGAAACCGGUGCUAAGAUAAGCGUAGAGGAUGAUGCAAACAUAUCUAUCUUCGCACCUAACAAAGUCAAGCUAGAAGAAGCGAAAAUGAUGUUGACCAAAAUGUUCGAGAGUGAAAGCGAAAUAGAACUAGUAUUCGGUGCAAUGUACAAGGGAGAAAUCACAGAUGUAUUGGAGCAUGGCGUGCUGGUAACGCUUCACAAGAGCAUGAAACCUAUUUUACUGAAAAACAGCAAUUUGGAUGUGAGGAACGUAGCUCAUCCCAAGGUGCUUGGUUUCAAGGUCGGUCAAAAAAUAAUUAUUCAAUAUCUAGGACGAGAUCCAAAUACUGGGCCUUAUCAACAAGUGGAACAAGCGCUGUUUCAAUCAGCACUGCUACAGGACCCCACAGUCACUAAUCCUUAUUGGCGUGCUCACACCGUCCUCCGUUCGCACGAUCAUUUCUGGAAUAUCACUCUCCGAGAAGAGAGAAUCUGCGGACCCAGUAGUAGUAGUAGUAUUAGUAGCAAGACGGUGUCCAGUGAACGGCAGCAUCCCAUGCGAGCACUGUGUAAGCUUUGUAUGGUACAGGAGGAGGAAACAACGAAGGAAUCGUACCCAACAGGUGUUCCAACUGUGCAUAUCCUACAAAGACUUUCUGUUGCCCUUUCUUCCUUCACUCCGCCUCACGAGAUGGUUUUGGAAAGGACUUCAAAAGGAUUUUCGAAGUCACCGGUGCAAGAAAUUGAUGAGUAUUUCGAGCUUGUUGCUAAACUUGGUCGACCACUUUUUAAAUGGGAAAUAAUACGAUGUGCAUUCCUUUGGAAACUCGAGCAAACAAUGUCGGAAAUGCUGUGCAUCGAGGCAGAAAGUGCAGUUACAGAAGAUGACAAAAAAAUGCUUAUCUCAGAUGAUAAUCUGCGUCAACAACGCCAAUUUAUCUUGCAAAAAGCUGCCGAAUUUGAUGGGACACCUUUUACUUUCCAAAGGCUAUGUGAACUUCUGAUUAGUCCUUCUCGACAUUACAAACGAACAGACAAAUAUCUUCGAGCUCUGGAAAAGAAUAUCAAUGUGGUGACGACAAUUACAGAGAGUGGAGAACGCGUAACAGGAGUAGAGCCAUUUCCAGGGGAACUAGACAUUAGUUCCACGCUUCGCAUUGAAGAACCAUUUUUUGUCCAGGUGGAUGAAUGUGAUGCGCCAGUAGAAACGAAAUUGAUUGCUGCUGGAGAUUAUUUUAGCAGAGUACUUGACUAAUUUAUACGAGUUCCUCUUUUUUGCAUAGUGGUGUGCUGACUGCCCCUUCCGUAUUGGUGGGUGCAAAAUGGAACUUUCUAAUGUAGCGGGUUAUACACUGCAACUAUAAUUUUUGAAUUUGGGUUGCACUCAGCGUCUCAAUUUGUUGAUGGGACCCUUGAUUUUAAUUUCAUCCAGAUUAUGCAGUAAUUACAUCCGUUUGCUAUUUCUUUAAUUCGUGGAUUCGCUAAACUGAUUUAUUAAAUUCAUUUGCAUACGAAACAUUCAGUAGUGAUGCCAUUUUAUUAAAGAAGUAAAUUAACGGGAACUAGUGACUUUGGUUUUUUGAAAAUUUUAUUAGUAUUGGACGGAUUAAGAUUACAAUUUCAAUUAUUAACUUCUGUAGGGAGCCACGUUUCACCGUCCUAAUUUGUAGCUCGAUCACUGACAUACUUUUUAGGAACUGUUUCGACGAUGCUGUUGAUUUUCUGAUUAUAUAUUUAUGGGCAUUGUUAUAGGGAAGUCGUGAUUUUCAGGGAAACGAAUCUCCGGAAACAAUUGCAAAAGAACUAGUAGCUGGUGAUUGUGCUCCAAUAAACUUGUCUCCAUCGCGCGAUGCUAAGGAUGAGCUGCCUGAGAUUAAGCAAGAGAACAACUCAGAGCGCGAAGCAGAACAUGGCAUUUCACAAACUGAAUCACUGACGAAACCAGAAAUGCAAAAUGCCAAACUGGAAGAGAUGGAAGUUGGAGACUAGUGUUUCGGAUUGGUGAAUGUAAAUAUGCCCUUGUCGUUUAUGCUCUUUCGAGAAGACCCAAAAUGCAUAUUUGAUUUACUAUUUGAUACUCAGUUAUUGCAAGAUAGAAUUAUAUGCAAAUGUUUGCAUGUCAGGUCUUUGUACACAUCACUCGGCGUGUAGAGCAGAUGCAUCUUUUUGCUUAUAUGACUGUUCAGCUGUUUGAGGGAAAUGCAUUUGGAGCAUUCUAUAUUUGUGUUGACAAUAUUAUAUAUUUUGAGCCUAGCUUAUGGCUUUGUUGUUAUUGAAAGACUUUGCUAAGUGCACUAUUAUUCUCUAUCACCGGUAUCGCUUCUUAAGUCACAUAAAUAAAUUUCGUUACAG